ACUUAUAGAAAUGUCUUUUUUAUACAUUGGAAUAUAUUAUAACCAUCCACAUCAUCUCCCUUCUAUACUAAACUUAGACGUAUUGCUUUUUAGAUAUUUACGACGUACGUCGGCCAUAUACUCGUGUAUAUAUAGGGCACUCAGCAUCCCCUGUUGAUCCUAUCUUCCCAACAACACAAACAACCACACACACUCCACAACUUAUAACCAAAAAAAGGGAAAAAGUACUUCCCAACAAAAGUUGAGUGAUAAGGUAAACUAAAUACUAUCAUCAAAUGGAGACUAACGGCCGCAAGAGAAAAGGGUUCAUGAAGAACAAAUUGAUGCCAUUCUACAAAUCACCGGCGUCGGCGAAUCCGCCGCCGAGCCAGCAGCCUAACCCCAGAAACAACGUGCAGUACUACAGCCAGUCCACUACAACAACAACAACAACUAUUUCUCCUUCAUCGGCGGUACUACUCCCUCACAACACGGUGUCGUUUCAGGCCGCGGCUGUGGAAGUGAAAUUGCCAAGGCGGCAGCAGCAACAGGUUGAUCAUUGUCCCAGCAAGUUCUUUGGGGUGGUUGGGGAUUGCAGAAUAGACACCAAAGCUUCUACUUAUAUCUCUGCCGUUCAGGAGCGGUUCAAGCUGGAGCGGCUCGACCCGGACCGAGUCGUGAUCAUCGAUCAAGCCUCAUGAUGAUCGUGAACCCACGCUAUAGCUCGUUAUAUAUGAUGUCAUGUAGUAGCUUAUUAAUUUCGUUGAAAUGCAUGCACGAGUUGAUGGAUUGUCUCGGACAACGAUCAUAUCAUUCAAAUGGAAGCAUCCACUCGAGUGUUUUCGAGAUGGGCCAUUUGGACUAACCUCGACCGAAUCGAUAUGAAGUUCAGAAGCUCUAAAAGAAGUGACUGUUUAACGAUUUAAUUUGAUCUGUAUUUGGUUCAGACAAUUCCUGGCUAUCUAUUUAUACUUAACCAGCAUGUACUAAACAAUGGUGUUUAAA